AUGAAGUUUGUCAAACUGCUCUUUGCCUCACCCGAUAUCAAUCCAAGUAAUCGCAAAGCCCUGUCUAUCCCUGUGCUGAACCCAUUCGAUCGAUAUGGACGGGUUUUCUUCUUUUCAUGGCUCGGUUUCAUGGUUGCGUUCCUUUCGUGGUACGCUUUCCCACCGCUGUUGACUGUCACGAUUCGAAAAGACUUGCACAUGACACAGCAAGACGUGGCAAACUCGAACAUUGUUGCCCUGCUAGCAACACUACUGGUGCGGUUUGUGGCAGGACCACUCUGUGACCGGUAUGGACCGCGGCUGGUGUUCAUUGGACUGUUGCUCAGCGGUGCCAUUCCCACUGCUAUGGCUGGUCUGGUCACCACCCCUAAGGGCUUGAUUGCGCUACGGUUCUUCAUUGGUAUACUGGGAGGCACGUUCGUGCCUUGUCAGGUUUGGUGCACGGGCUUCUUCGACAAGAAGAUUGUCGGGAUGGCCAAUGCCCUUGCUGGAGGUUGGGGGAAUGCUGGUGGUGGCAUUACAUACUUUGUGAUGCCUGCCGUCUACGACUCUUUGGUCUACUCCCAAGGCCUGUCGUCCCACAAAGCCUGGAGAGUGGCCUUCAUUGUCCCGUUCAUUAUCAUCGUUGUCAUUGCAUUGGCAAUGCUGUUCUUGUGCGAAGACACACCGACGGGGAAAUGGUCAGAGCGUCACCUCUGGGAUCGCGAGAUGGCUGCCGAGUCGGAAGGCAAUAUUGUCGACCUUCAAGCGGACGCAAUAUCCAACCAGCCUUCCAGCACGCCAUCCAUGACGAAUGUCAUGGCAGAUGUGGAGAAGAAGGGCGCACAAACCCCAGUGUCUCUUGGCUCCGAUUCUCAAACCAUCGCCGAGUUUGACGCCCUCCGAACUGAGACGGUCAUAGCCCCUACACGCAAGGAGGCCAUGGGGGUACUGUUCAGUCUAUCUACUGCCGCAGUAGCUAUCCCCUACGCCUGCUCUUUUGGUGCGGAGCUUGCCAUUAACUCCAACCUGGGCGAGUACUACUCCGCAAACUUCCCUCACAUGGGUCAGACCAAGACUGGACAGUGGGCUGCCAUGUUCGGCCUGCUCAACGUCAUUUUCCGGCCCGCCGGUGGCUUCCUUGCCGACCUCCUGCUCCGUCGCACACAGAACCUGUGGUCGAAGAAGAUCCUGCUCGUGUUCUUGGGUGUUGUCAUGGGUGCGUUCGAACUCGCGAUCGGCUUGACGAACCCCAAAUCCGAAUCCACCAUGUUCGGCCUCAUCGCCGGGCUUGCAUUCUUCUUGGAGUCGUGUAAUGGCGCCAACUUCGCCUUGGUGCCGCAUGUCUAUCCUUUCGCUAAUGGUGUGGUCUCCGGCGCUGUUGGCGGAAUGGGAAACCUUGGCGGCAUCAUUUUUGCAAUCAUAUUCCGCUACAAUGGCUCGGACUACUCCAGGUCCCUCUGGAUCAUCGGUGCGAUAUCGAUAGGAGCGAACGUGGUUGUGUCGUGGAUCCGACCAGUCUCGAAGAGCCAAGUUGGGCAACGGUAG